AUGCUUACUCUCAAACUUUUUGUAUACACUGUAGUUAUAUUCUUUGUUUCUCUCUUCAUAUUUGGAUUCCUAUCUAAUGAUCCAGGACGUAAUCCGGGACGUGAAGAAUAA